AGCGCGGGCGCGCGCCCACGUGACGGCCGCUAUAAGAGCGCGGCGGGCGCCCGCUCGGCCCCGCGCUCCCGGCCCCGACCUGCGGCUGCGGCGGCGCCCGCGCCCGGCUGCACCAUGACAGAUCAGGCCUUCGUGACGCUGACCACCAACGAUGCCUACGCCCGAGGAGCACUGGUUCUGGGGUCCUCCCUGAAGAGGCACAGGACCACCCGCAGGCUGGUGGUGCUGGUGACCCCGCAGCUCUCCGAGCCCAUGAGGAAAGCCUUGGAGACGGUCUUCGAUGAGGUCAUCCUGGUGGACGUCCUGGACAGCGGGGAUUCCGCCCACCUGACCUUAAUGAAGAGGCCGGAGCUGGGGGUGACGCUGACCAAGCUGCACUGCUGGUCGCUGACGAAGUACUCCAAGUGCGUGUUCAUGGACGCAGACACGCUGGUCCUGACGAACAUCGAUGACCUUUUCGAGAGGGAAGAGCUGUCGGCGGCGCCCGACCCCGGCUGGCCUGACUGCUUCAACUCGGGCGUGUUCGUCUAUCAGCCUUCCGCACAGACGUACAAGCAGCUGCUGCAUCUGGCUUCCGAGCGGGGCAGUUUUGAUGGCGGGGACCAGGGUUUACUCAACAUGUACUUUAGCAACUGGGCGACCACAGAUAUCCGGAAACACCUGCCGUUUCUCUACAACCUCAGCAGCGUUUCGAUAUACUCCUACCUCCCGGCCUUCAAAGCGUUUGGUGGAAACGCCAAAGUAGUGCACUUCCUGGGGCGAGUCAAGCCAUGGAACUACGCUUACGACCCGAAAACAAAAAGCGUCAGAAGCGAGGGCCACGACCCCAGCAUGGCACACCCCGAGUUCCUGCAGCUGUGGUGGGACGUGUUCACCAGCAGCGCCCUCCCCGUGCUCCAGCAGUGCGGCCUCGCCACGGACACCUGCGCGGCCCUCACCGUGCUCUCAGCCUGGGUCGGUACACUGGCUUUCUCUUGUGGCUUCUGUGGAAAGGAUGAGGCCUCGGGAGCCAUGUCCCAUCUGUCCCUGGGGGAGUUUCCCGCCGCAGCCCCGCCUUUUGUGUCCUCGGAAGAACGGAAGGAGCGCUGGGAGCAGGGCCAGGCCGACUACCUGGGCGCCGACUCCUUCGACAACAUCAAGAGGAAGCUGGACACUUACCUCCAGUAGCCGCACGGCCACGUUCCUGUGGACACGGCCCACGGCGCCGCCGAGUGUCCCCCCGCCCCGGGGGUCUGGAGCUGGGCUGGGAGAGGUCUGUUUCAGCUGGUAGAGGCUUUCACUAAAAUGAGGGUGUUUCCGCAGGACAGCACGGGAGAAGGGGACAGCUCUGUGACUCGGACAGCACUGUGCUUUUUACGCCCACGGCUUCCUGGGCGGGAGCUUCGGGGGACCCUCAGAUGCUGACGGCCCCCCGACUCGGUCGGGACAGUCUCACACCAGUGAGCAGGCUGCAUCUUCCGUCCCGUGCUGUGCCAGGCGCCCCGAGGUCUCCCUGCAGAAUGCGACAGGCCGCCUGGCUCUCGCUUGCUCGCACCCGUCACUAGACGUGCCUUGUAGAAUAGCCCAAGGCUGCCGGGGGGAUUGCACUUAACACCCUCAGGCCAGGACGGUCGGUUAGGCUGAGGCAGCCGCACACUUCACCACAGCCGGCAUUAACCCACUUGAUCUCCCGGGCCCACCGCUGGGGAAUGUUCUCCAGUUUCCUGUGAACAAGGUGGCAUGUUCGGUCCUGUGCAUCUGAAAAUAGCGGUGUGUUCUCUGAGCGGUACUUGCAAUGACACCUUUAUGAAAAAUAAAGACGUAUUGCCAUUUCUCGGUUGUCUACUUAAAUGCAAUCAUCCCCAUUUGAAAAUAAAAUAUGUACCUAGUGAAUUUUUCAUAAUUUGUAAAAUUCAUGUUAAAAAAUAAACAUAAAAGUUGACGCUGAAAUAUAGUUGACGCUUUA